CCAUUUGCGCCAUAACUUAUUUUUUUAUUUUGCGAAAAUUAAAAGAGUAAGCCUGUAUUUCUCGCUAACUAAAAAAUUCACUCGCAAUGUAAUUUUAAAUUAUUUUUUUUCGAAAUUAUUUUUAAAAUGAACAUCCUUAAAUUUAAAAUUAAUUUUCCAAACGGGUAUACGGUAUCUCAAGUAUUUGUAUAGGACUCACAUCUCCAAUUUUCCAAAAAUUGCAAAUAGAAAUAAAAUAUGAUUCUCACUAACUAAACUUUUAAAGAUCGUAUUUGGGGACAAUUUAUAGUCGAGGGUUUUAACGUUUCUGAUUUCGAUUCCUUCAGUGACAAUGGAAGCGCCUGAGAAUCAAGAAGAGAUAGUCUCUGAUAGGACUGAAAAACUUGCUGGCACUGUCAACUGGGGUACUGCCACGGUCGUUGGUGUAUUUGCCGGCAUGUUGUAUGGAGGUAGCAAAGCGGCCUCUGCUUCUGUGAGCAAGGAUGCAGAAGUAAUGUUGAAGCUUGGGAGCACACCAGAUAAGCGUGAACAGUAUCGACUUAUGAGGGAUGCAAUGGAGAAGAGAUUUAUUACAGUCACUCGUGGUUCCAUAGUUGGUGGAAUUCGACUGGGGAUGUUUACUGCUGCCUUCUACGGUUUGCAAAACCUUCUUGCCGAGAAACGAGGUGUAAUUGAUGUAUAUAACGUAGUUGGGGCUGGUUCUGCUACUGCUUCUACAUUUGGUUUAAUCUUGCCGGGUUCCUUCCGUUGGCGCUUGAGAAAUGCAUUGUUGGGUUCAGUUUUGGGUGCAACAAUCUGCUUCCCACUCGGUUGGCUUCAUUUGAAGCUUGUUGCUAAAGCAAAUGGAGGAAAAUUGACUACUACCAAUGAGGAAGCGAAAAGCGGUAUUGCUGCAGCCGUUGAGAGGCUUGAAGGAAACUUAAAAAAGAGGACUUGAUCUUCUUGCAAAGGCUGAAGUUAGCAGUGGUGCUCUUGAGUCUUUUUUUUGUUGAUCGGAAGGAGAAGAGGGAAUAAUAGAGAAAGUGUAGUGUAUUGCAUUUGAGGCAGUUGCUAGAUUUAGACACGAUGUUAGCAGACAUCCGAUAUAUCAAUGGAAAUGAGUGCGCUGUUGCAAAUGCUGAGAGUCUCAUUUUACUUAUCAUAACGCAAACAUCCAAUUGGGUUGGGUUGGAGAAUAUUGAACGGCAGCUGCUUUUGAAAAUAGAGAAUCAGAUGUUUCUGUGAUUCACGACUGGAUAUAAUAGUGCUUUUGAUGAUCUUUCUAGAGGUCAUGUCAUUUUUAUGUUGCGACAAUGAGCCACUUUGUCUACUUAAUCCUUACUUAUUACAUGCCCAA